CAAUGCGGAAGAUGACAACUCCAUUCAAAUUAAAUGCAUGUGGCCAGCCGACGUUUUAAUUUAAUUAAAUGUUAAAUUACUUUAUAAUCGUGGUUUAAAAUAAACGACAUGUAUCACUCUAAAUAUAAUACCGGAGACACUAAUGUUACUUGCGUGAAGAAUAGAGCUGAUGUUAUAUACAACUUCCAAAAGUGUUUUUUCGCUAUGAGACUACUGCCCUCUUUCCCUUGGCAUUUCCUUGAAAAGGAGCUCGAAAACGACAGGUCAUCGGAAAUAAUUUUGGAGAUUUUGAAACGGACAUGCCUUCACCCUCUAUGCCGAAAAUACCCGCCAUCUGUCAGAUAUAGGAGGCUGUUCCUCUCUCAGCUCAUCAAAAUUCAUGAAGCCAGUGAGAGUCAUCCCCUGGAUGAGCUGUAUGAUGCCCUGGGGAAGGUCCUGUGUGUGGAGGAGGGGAAAGAGUGCUACAAGUCCUAUCUACUGCCAGGUGGAGAGGCUGUGACGUUAUCAGAGAGCGUAUCAGUGAUAUCUGAAGGUACCACAGGCCUGGUGACAUGGGAGGCCGGCCUCUACCUGGCUGAGUGGGCAGUGGAGAACCCACACCUCUUCAGUGCCAGAACUGUUCUGGAGCUUGGCAGUGGCGUGGGCUUGGCCGGUAUCACUGUGUGUCGCUGCUGCAGUCCCUCCCGGUAUGUGUUCAGUGACUGUCACCUGAGCGUUCUACAGAGACUGAGGGACAACCUUCUGGUCAACGGACUGGACAACCAAUGCUUUCCCAGAGUGUCUGACAGUGAUGAGGGGAAGAUGGCCAACCAGAACCGUCCCAGAGUGUCUGACAGUGAUGAGGGGGAGAUGGCCAACCAGAACUCUCCCAGAGUGUCUGACAGUGAUGAGGGGAAGAUGGCCAACCAGAACUCUCCCAGAGUGUCUGACAGUGAUAUGGGGAAGAUGGCCAACCAGAACUCUCCCAGAGUGUCUGACAGUGAUGAGGGGAAGAUGGCCAACCAGAACCUUCCUAGACUGUCUGACAGUGAGGAGUGGGAGAUGGCCAACCAGAACCUUCCCAGAGUGUCUGACAGUGAUGAGGGGAAGAUGGCCAACCAGAACCUUCCCAGAGUGUCUGACAGUGAUGAGGGGAAGAUGGCCAACCAUAACCCUCCCAGAGUGUCUGACAGUGAUGAGGGGAAGAUGGCCAACCAUAACCCUCCCAGAGUGUCUGACAGUGAUGAGGGGAAAAUGGCCAACCAGAACCUUCCCAGAGUGUCUGACAGUGGUGAGGGGAAGAUGGCCAACCAUAACCCUCCCAGAGUGUCUGACAGUGGUGAGGGGAAGAUGGCCAACCAUAACCCUCCCAGAGUGUGGGUGAGUGUGGAGGAUUUGGACUGGGAGUUGGUGACAGAGGAACAGCUCAGUGUCAUGGGAGUCAACAUGGUCAUUGCUGCAGAUGUGGUGUAUGAUCCUGAUCUCACUGGCUGUCUGGUGAAACUCCUCUCUAAGAUCUUAAGGUGUUCAGCCAAUGGCAGGCCCCCAGAUGUCUACAUCUGCUCCAACAUACGAAACCCAGACACAUACAGCAGCUUCAAACAACAUCUCGCUAACGCAGGAAUCCGACAUGAGGUCAUGGAUGGUCCAGUUACACAGAUCUUCCAUUACAACAGACUGUUGGCCAACAUAGAGUUGAUUCAACUGUAUAUAUGACAUCAGCAGCCCAAAUGACAACCUGGGUUUA